UGAACUAAACGGGGCCAGAGGAUUUCAAUUUUCGAAGGAGCGGGAAAACAUUCUUUUCCUUUUUUUUUCUUCUCAAUUAUCGCAAACGACUGAAAGAGAAGGAGGACGAGGAGGAGAAGGAGGAAGAGAAAUGUCCAAGUUCGAAUUCCCGAAGCUCAGUCGCAGCGACAUAGUCACAAUCCUCGCCGACGCUCAGAUCGUCGCCAUUUCUGACCGCGAUCUUGUCAACCCAAACCCUGAUUUCGUCGCCGACCUCUGCGCCCGGAUCCUCAGCCAUAUCGACUUCCUCCACGAGGAAGAUUAUGAGCAAGUUGAGUUUGCAGCCUUGGAGCAACUUGAGAACCCGGAUCUUCAUGUUGACUCGGCUCGGAGCAUGAAGCUGUACAACAGGAUGAAGGAAGUGGUGGCCUUAGUAGAUUGCCCUAAGAGAUUCACCCUAAAAGAUCUGAUAAGACCAGAGACGGAUCGAACUGAAUAUUUUCUCAGUGCAAUUCUCAAUUUUUGUCUUCACAGAGAGACAAAAAUGAAUAUCCUUACCAAAGUUGUCGAUCAAGUAACUGAUAUUGAUGAGCAACGCAACAGGUGGGAGGACAGGAUUUCCCAGUUGAAUGCAGAGAUUGCGGACUACAAUGAAGCAAGAGAAAAGGAGUUACCUCUUGUUCAAGAGGUAGAUGCAAAAGUAAAAGAAUUGCGCCAAACAAUUGCAGGCCUCAACAAUCAGCAAAUGUCACUGAGAACUUCUCUUCGAAAGUUGAAGGAGAAGACUGGAGAAAUGGAGGAAAAGAUUUCUAGCGCUGAGUUUGCUCUGGUACAAAGUGUCCAAGAAAGUGCAAAUUUACGUUCAAGAAUUGUUCAAUCACCAGAUAAACUGCAGAGGGCUUUAGAAGAGAAGAAAUCUGUUCGAGAGGAGGCAAAGAAUUUUGAAAGGUCAGCAAUGCAAUCUUUUAAGGAGAAAACUGAUGUUGAUGAGGUUUAUACAAAGGUCUCAAAGAAAUUGUCAAAGCACUUGGCCCAGAUGCAGGCUAUACAAGAACAGGUCAAUUCUGCUAAAUCUGUCGACAGAGAUUUUAAGGCUGUGAAAGCUAAAUUAGCUGAUGAUGGAGUCCUAAGCAGGUCUCUUCAGGCCAAACUGGUUGAACGGGAAGGAAAAGUGGAACAGUUAAAUGAAUUAAAAAAGCAGCUAGAAAAAGAGAGAGAUCUAAAGUUUGAGGAGGCUUCUAAAGAACUUAAUAAUGUGAAGCUGGAGGUGGAAUCUAGGAGGCGUGAUAUGGAAGCAAGGCAAAAGGAUGUCGAAGCUGCAGUAGCAGAGGUGGAUUCUAUCACAGCAAAGACUACAUCAAUAAAAGAAUCUGGAGCAUCUCAUCAGAAACAAUUAGCACGUAAAUGUGAGGAGAUCAUGAAAGAGUUCUACCAAUAUCAAAACUCAAUUAGGUUCCUGCUGCCAAUGCCCGAUGGAGAGAGCCAAUAGUUCGUGGAGCAGGGAUUUUGUUUGCCGGUUUGACUGCAGGGCUAGGCACUUAUAUCCCGCUCUUCCUGCUUGGCCAAAAAUCUAGAGUUAAUUGGUGGGAUAAGAAUUAUAAAUUCUUUCAUAUGACUACUGAUUGUAUCUCCAAAAAAAAGAGCGGGAACAAAUUAAGGUGCCAUGUCGUUAACCUCAUAGAUUUUGA